AUUGAGGCAAUAGUGAUGACUGAGCUUUCUUUCUCCCCCAGUAUACCAGGUCUGUCAGCUCUGGGGAAGCUGGACCCCAAGGAGAGUGAAAUGAUCAUGGAGUAUUUCACAACACAGGUGCUGCUACUGAAGGAUAAGGAACUCUUGCAGAAAACGGUGAGAGAAGAGAAGAAACUGUUGGUUGAGAACGCUAAGCUGAAGAAAGACAUCUCUGACCUGAAGAUUCUACUGACUGAGAAACAACAGAAGAAGAAAGCCAAAGCAGCAGCCGCCUCCAAACUUACUGCCCCGGGGUCCACAGCUGCCCUGUCUGCCCCCGGCACCAACCCCAAACCUGGCCCCGGCAGGGAAAGAGAUGGGAGGAGGAGGAGAGAGAGAGAAAGGGGAGGAGGGAGAGAACAAAAUCUGAGUCUGCGUUAGAGGAGGAGCCUCGCAUGGACGUGUCUCGCCUCGACCUGCGGAUUGGUCGGAUCGUUGGCGUCCGCUACCACCCAUUGGCUGGGGCCCUUUAUGUCCAGGAAGUGGAUCUGGGAGAGCCCGCCCCCCGCACGGUUGUCAGCGCGCUACGACACAUUCCUAAAGAACAGGUAGGUUAAAGGUCACA